CAUUUUUCGCUGUUUCAUAAUGCCAAGAGAAGGUUUGUUUACGAAUCGAGUUGAUUCAGAAAAACAAGAGUCAACAGCCAACACUGCUUGACAUUUAUGCACGUUAGAUGUUCGGUUUUCCGUUUUGCUGAGGCUAAGCACAGAGUUCUUUUAUAUGACUUUUUAUCAGACUAACAGAGUAAUUUUAAUAUAUACAGAAAUCUAACUGGAGGAGACGAGUUCAAUAUUGGAUAAAAUUUACCCAUUACAGUUCACACUUCAUUUACAGAUGAUUUAUAAUUUUUUGAAGACAAGCUUUUCGCCUGCGUAUUCAAAGGAAAAUUCGGAUAGUUCUUAUUCCCAUGGCACAAAACCUAUCCAUACUCAAGUCUCAAGCUUUCUUAAUACCCAAUUCCACCCAAAUAGGUUCAGUGGUUUAGGCGCGAAUAAGCGACAAACAGAUACUCUCGCAUUUACUAGAGGUAUAGUGUCUGAGGGAUUAUUUGUUUGUUAGAGCUAGAACCUUGAUUUGAUCAAAUAUUAAAAUUAUGUAAAAAAAUUCUACAAGGCAUAUCUGUUUAGGCUAAGAUUUAUAAUGAGGCGACGUGAUGAAAAAUUUCCUGAUAAUGGAUUUGAAGGAUGGGGUGGAUAUAUGCAAGCUAAAAUAUCUAAACUGGAAGAUCAGUUCACUUCAAAAGCUUGCAAUGAAAAUAAAGUUUCGGAUAUAUUUUCCGGUGUAAGUAUUUUUGUAAAUGGUUUCACAAUUCCUUCUGCUGAUGAAUUAAAAGAAUUGAUGGCGAAACAUGGUGGUAUAUAUCAUACAUACCAAAGAAGUGAAGAUUUUGUUAUUGCUUCAAAUUUACCUGAUACUAAAGUCAAGAAAAUUUCUUUGGCUAAUGUUGUUAAGCCUGAAUGGAUAACAGAUAGCAUAUCCGCAAAUAGGCUUUUAGACUACAAAGAUUAUUUACUCUAUGGCAGUAAAAGAACCCAACCGCAACUAAAUUUUAAUAAAUUAUCAAAUAGGAAAAGCCAUGAGCCAAAAAUUGUAUCUAGAGAUGAAAUUGAAGAUGACUUUAUUAAAAAAGAUUUAUCUCCACAAAAAGUUAUACCAAGCUCACAUAAAAUUGAAGAGACUAUGUCAACAAGUUCAAUUUAUUCUAAACUAGAUCUCAAAACUUUAAAAAAUGGACCUAAAACUGCAAUAGAUCCCAAUUUUAUAUCUGAAUUCUAUAACAAUUCAAGGCUUCAUCAUAUUUCCCAACUUGGUGCUUGUUUCAAACAAUAUAUAAAUGAUCUUAGAGAAAGCAGUGAUUUCAAAUUUCCAGCAUGCAUUGGUAUUAAGGAAAAGAUUAAAUUGUUUAACCAGGGUAGUACUUUCACAAUGAAUUUUGAAUAUAAUAAAGUAAUUAUGCACAUUGACAUGGAUUGCUUUUUUGUUUCUGUUGGUUUAAGAAAACACCCUGAACUUAGAGGCCAACCUGUUGCUGUUACUCACUCUAAAGGUGGUCAGAGUCAAAUGAAGAGAUCAGGAGUAGAUAGAGCAGCUGAAUUUAACCUUUAUAAACAAAGACAAGCUAAUAAGUUAUCAAAAGCUACUGGUAUUUACCUGGAUGGUUUUGAAUUGGAAACUAGAGUUGAUAACAUAGGUGAUGAAAAUGAUAAGUUUGGAUCUAUGAGUGAAAUAGCCUCCUGUUCUUAUGAAGCUAGAAAUAAGGGUAUAAAAAAUGGCAUGUUCAUGGGUGCUGCAUUAAGAUUAUGUCCGGAAUUGCAAACUAUUCCUUAUGAUUUUGAGGGUUAUAAAGAAGUAGCCUAUACAUUAUAUAACACAAUUGCACAGUAUACUUUAGACAUAGAAGCUGUUUCAUGUGAUGAAAUGUAUGUUGACUGUACAAAUUUAUUAAAAGAAUUAGAUGUGAGUGUUGAAGAUUUUGCAACAAUAUUACGGGAAGAAAUAAAAGAUAAGACAGGUUGCCCAUGUUCUACAGGCUUUGGAGGAAAUCGCUUGCAAGCAAGAUUGGCUACCAAACAGGCAAAACCAAAUGGGCAAUUCUUUUUAACUGCAAAUCUAAUUGAAGAUUUUAUGUUUGAUAUCAAGCUUAAAGAUUUGCCUGGGGUUGGAAGGCAAAUAUCUCAGAAAUUAGAAGCUCUUGGACACCAAACAUGUGGUUCACUGCAGGCACUAACUUUAUCUAGCUUGCAGGGACACUUAGGAAAUAAAACAGGGUCUCAAUUAUUUGAUCAAUGUCGUGGGCGCGACCGAAACCCCCUGUCAUACCACACAGUCCGGAAAUCGGUGUCUGCCGAAGUUAACUAUGGGAUAAGGUUUGAGAACAACGAGCAAUGCUAUGAAUUUCUUAGACAACUUGCCGUAGAAGUUGAAUCACGAAUGCAACAGUUCAAAGUUUUGGGAAAAUGUGUUACUCUUAAACUCAUGGUAAGAGCUGCAGAUGCUCCUGUGGAAACUGCAAAAUUUCUAGGUCAUGGCUUCUGUGAUGUCAUCAAUAAGUCAAGUUCUUUAGCUGUAGCAACAAAUGACUCUGAACUUAUUAAUAAAGAAGCAGUACUUCUAUGUAAAAAAUUAAAUAUAGAUCCAAAAGAAAUGAGGGGAGUAGGUAUACAAGUAACUAAAUUAGAAUCAUUGAAUAAUAAUCAACUUAAAACCAAAGGUGCAAUUAGCAAAUUUUUGGUGAGUGGUAUAGAGAAAGAUAUUAAAAAGGAGGAGUCUAAAAAUAUUUCUACUUCCAAGCAAAGUAUAAAGAAAGAACCAGUUACUCCUAAAAAGGUUAAUCCAUCACCCAAAAAGAAAUCACCGAUACUGGGAUCUAAGAGACGGGGAAGACCACCAAAAUCCACAAAAAUAGAACAAUCUACUUCAAGAAAUCUUUUAGAAAGAUUCGUCCAUGUACCAAAAGUAAAUGAGGAUUUAAAAGAAGUAAAAGACAAACCAAUUCUUAAAGAGGAACAAGUCAAAAAUGAAGAAAGAACAGGUUUACUGGGUCUUCCUUGGCAGCAGGUGAGGGAAUUACUGAGAGCGUGGUUUGAUAGUGGUCAGACACCACAAUCCUGUGAUAUUCAUAUGAUAGCGGCGUAUAUGCGUGAAAUGGUUAAAAACAAAAAUAUCGACAAACUUUAUAUAUUAGUAAAUUUUUUUAAAAGAAGGACAUUUGAAAUGAAGAAUGAGAUUUGGAAUGAAGUUUUUAAUCAUGUUUUAGACCAAGUUCAAAGUUCUAUGAUGACUGUAUAUGGUAAGAAACUAUGGGUAGAAGGUUAAGAUAAACUGUGAUAAUAAGGGAUAUAAAUUAAAAUAUUUUAAUGUGAUAUUAAAGAAAACAAUAAUAGUUCAUUCAUUCCAUUUAUUUUUCUAUCAUGACUACUAUUAAAACAUUUUAAAAUAAACAUAAGACUGUGUCACAUAAUACUGCCAUAACUAUAUUUUAACUUAUUUCAUGUGGCAGGUACAGACUAAAGCUAUUAAAUCAGAUACAAAAAAAUUAGGGCAAGUUAAAACGCACUAAAAAUAUGUAAAUCUUCAAGCAUCCGAAAUGGUAGGUUAGUUUGUAUAAUAUGUAUCAUCAUACACUUGUAUAUUUAAAUUUUAAAAUGGCAGUUAGUAUCACUGUUAAGCUUUUACAUGCUUUAUGGCGAGAAUACAUUAUAUGGUGUUUAUGAGCAGUGAGCUAUGCAAAUAAUAUUUUUUAUAGAAAAACAUUCCUAUCAGCCUGGUUAGCAAUUAAGAAACUAGGAAUACAAAUAAAUUUUAUUAUCUAUAAAUUUUUAAUAAAAACUAAAGAAGUGAGAACAAAAUAUACUUGACAGAGAAUAGAUGAAAGUACUAUCUUGUAUUCUCGCCAUUAUGUAUUUGUAAAUUAAUUGCUUUGAGUGUCUGGACAAUAAUCACACGUUGACACUAAUUUUAGUACUUCGUUUACUGCAUAAUUUUUCAUUUUAUCCAAUCAAAAUGUAAUUUAACUAUAAUAUCACAGAUUUUAUUGCAAAAAAUAAAAGUUGGAGCAUAUAAUCUGAUAUAAGUACAGAUGUAAAAUUGUGCAAUAACUAAAAAAAAA